AUGGCGCCGAAGGUCCAUGUCUCCCAGGACAACCUGAAGAAUCGCGCCGGGCGCUCCGGUUCGGACAUGAGGCUCCCCGGACAAGGAAACGCCAACGGCGACUCUGGCAGCCCGACCGGUGCCGCUGUCCAGGCGCAGAUGGAGAAGAUGCUCCCUGCGGACGAGGUCCUGCAGAUCGCACGCGACAAGGCCAAGGAGUCGACUGUGGAGGCCUCGGAGCUCCAGAAGUCCAUCGAGCAGGUGUACCGCGUCCGCGAGGCCCACCGCUUGAAGGCAAAGACCACCCUGCCCGAGCUGGUGCUUGAUGCCUCGGGGCUGCUGGCCGACGGGGCCGACGCGCUCAUCGACGACUCCUUCUGGCGCUGCUUCGAGCACAACCACGCGGACUCGUGGAACUGGAACGUCUACCUCUUCCCGCUGUGGUGCUGCGGCGUCAUCCUGCGGUACUUCGUGCUCUUCCCGCUCCGCCUCCUCGGCCUGCUCACCUGCUUCACGGGCUUCCUCGUCUCCUUCUUCACCGUCCACGUCCUCGUCCGCAACAAGAAGCUGCGGCGCCGGCUGCAGUCCGGCCUGAUCCGCUUCCAGUGCAACGUCUUCAUCGCGUCCUGGACCGGCGUCGUCCGCUACCACGGCCCCGCGCCCGUGAACCGCCCCGGCCACGUGUGGGUCGCCAACCACACCAGUAUGAUCGACUGGAUCGUGCUGACGGCGUACCGGCCGUUCUCGGUCAUCAUGCAGCUCCACAAGGGCUGGGUCGGGUUCAUCCAGACCGAGGUCGUCUCCGCGCUCAACGCCCUGUACUUCUCGCGGACCGACUCCAAGGACCGCGCCCUGGUCUCGCGCCGCAUGAAGGAGCACGUGCACGACCCGGAGAACGACACGCCGCUGCUGGUGUUCCCGGAGGGCACGUGCGUGAACAACGAGUACUGCGUGCGCUUCGCGCGCGGCGCCUUCGUCCUCGACUCGAAAGUGUGCCCCAUCGCCAUCAAGUACAACAAGAUCUUCGUCGACGCGUUCUGGAACAGCAGGAGGCAGUCGUUCACCAACCACCUGUACGCGCUGAUGACCUCCUGGGCCGUGGUGUGCGACGUGUACUUCCUGGAGCCGCAGAGCCAGCGCGCGGGCGAGACGGACAUCGAGUUCGCGCAGCGCGUGCAGCGCAUGAUCGCCAAGAAGGCCGGCCUGCAGAUCGUCCCGUGGGACGGCAUGCUCAAGUACGUCAAGCCCAACCCCAAGAUCGUCGACAACCGCCGCGCGGCCUUCGCGGAGCGCCUGGACGGCAUGCACGCCAGCGGCUGA